AACGAUCCCCGAACUCCAAUGUCUGCGACCAACGCGCCGAACAGUAGGUUGAACGAAAUACCAGACGGCUGUGAUCUGGAUGUUGUUGCCGUUAAUUGGCACUCUUCAAAAAAGAAAUGAAAUAAUGUAGCGCUAACACGGAGAUCCCCAACACACGUUAGCACAACAAGAGGCUCUGAGGCAUCCUGCUUCAAGCGAAACGGGACUGGAGGUUCCAGUCCUACAUUUAAACAAGCAAACCAGCGCUUGUCCCAUGGUUAGUACCCACCAGGUGCCCUUGGAUGCCAGAGAACUUAGACAUUUGGAGGCUUGGAGCGUGGAACGUAUCCGUCCGAUCAGUGUAUCUCCAUUCGGGACUGUUUGCUCAAGGGAAAGAAAACCUCCCUACGUCCAUAUAGAUUCAGCUCGUCAUUAACACUAGUUACGCCUACCACUUCAGAUUGUGAU